AUGAAUCCAUCCGUGCUCCUCUUCUUGUUGAACAACGACCUCCUCGUCGAUGUCUUCACCACCUUCGGCGCCGUCGCCACCUUUGGAGUCACCCGCUCUCUCUUCUUCGAGAGUUGUGACUCGUUGGCACUCCGAGCCGGCGCUCUCGGAGUGCUCUGCCCUUCGGAUCGUCUUCUCAAAACGAUCGCUUCCUUCUGUGGACAGCGAAUCCAGGUUGGGGUGGCAGUGGAGGUGGAUGGCUGGCAGGACAUGAUGGUGGUGAAGGUGGUGGUUGCUGUAGAGUUAGAAUAUAAUAAAUAA